CUAAUUUUGAAUUUGUCUCCUUAUUUAAGAUAACAAGCGACCGUUAGAUUUCACUUCUUACAAAGGACAAUAAACAUGAAGGUUGCCAUUAUUCUCGCUUGUCUUGUUGCCUCUAUCUAUGCUGAGACCUGUUCAAAUGAUUCUGAUUGCACAGACACAAAAUGCACAUCAGGUCAUGCAUCCAAAUGUCUUCAAUUAGUCUUUGGAAGACACGAAUGUGUCUGCAGUGAUGGCGAAGCUGGAAAUGCAUGCACUGGUGCAAGCGAUUGCUCUGCCACUAAAUGCAGAAUUGGAAAUGCUCACUGUGUUGACGCCCAUUGUCGUUGUUACGGAGGAAUUGGCAAAUAAACAAUACAAUAUUUAUAAAUAA